AUAGCUCUAACUGUGUUAGACGAAGAUGUGUAGGCCAAGUGCACUACUCUAUUCAUAUCAACUUCCUCGUCAACUUCCACUAUUGUACUCGCGUUUCCUUUCGUACCCGUGUACGACCCUCUACUUAAGAAACAGAUAUGGAACCUGACAAAGUCAUCGUGCUCAUCACUGGCGCGAAUACCGGCAUAGGUUUCGAACUCGCCGCGCAACUUGCAGCCAAGGGAACGUACUUCGUCUACCUGACCGCCCGCUCCGUAGAGGAAGGCCAAGCAGCGUGGGAGAGGCUCAGAUCUUGGAACUACCCCGGCGGAUCUGCCUUCAUCCAGCUGGACGUAACAAGCGAUGACUCCAUCCACGCCGCCGCAGCCGCAGUCGAACAGCAAACCGGCCGCCUCGACAUCCUAGUCAACAAUGCCGCCAUCGGUCGUAAAUCCCCAGAGAACCUGCGCGAGCAAAUGCAAGCUUGCUUCGACGCCAACGCCACCGGCCCGCUGAUCCUGGGCGAUGCCUUUGCGGACUUGCUCAAGAAGAGCACACAUCCGCUGAGACGCAUCGUCAACGUUUCCAGCGGCGCCGGCUCGAUCGGACGGAUGAUUGAUACGACCCGUCAGCGGCCGACGCACUAUGGUAGAACGGUGGCGUAUAGCGCCAGUAAAGCCGCUUUUAAUAUGGUUGCUGCUGUGCACAAGAACGAGUUCGCUUCGUCAGGUGUUAAGGUGUUGGUUUACAAUCCCGGAUUUACUGUUUCGGAGUUGGGCGAGUUCAACACGGUCGCAAAUGGCGCGAUGCCGGUUGAUGCGAGUGUCAAGUUGUUGGUAGAUGUGGUUGAGGGUGGCCGAGACAGCGAAGAGAAUUUAUUUCUGAGCGGUGCCACUGGCACGUACCCGUGGUAGAUAGCACAGGGAGAAAUCAGUCGGCAGACGAUAUCUCAUCACUUUCCAAGAAGGCGUGGCAAGCUAGGAUUAGGCAGGAAGACAGGAUGGCGCACUUGGCAGAGCCAGACUGUGCGAAGUGCAAAUGACGGUCCUUCAAAGAUCUGGUUCAGUGGUUCUCGCAAUCUACCAGCUCGUAUGGGCGCCUUUGCAACCUAAAUGCUACCCAUAAUUCGCCCAUACGGUGUCAAUCCAGCCGUGACUACUAUGCCGCAGCAUCCCGUCAACGCCUACGCCUUGCUAAAGC